CAACUCGACUCACUCCACCCCGCCACUCUAGCAUGGAGGAGAAGAAGUAAACUGCGACUUGACCCCACAUAUAUUACGUCCCACCACCGAUCCCCAACUCAACCCCAGCUUUAUUUACAAUAGCAACAGAACGUAUCUUUGUCCGGAAAACCGAAUACCCAGCACAGACAGAUAGUCAAUCAUGGUGCUUGCCGAUAGCAAGAACAGAGUCGGCCUUGGCCGGGCCCUGAUGAACUCGCGAGGUGGAGGAACGAGGGUAACCCGUGGCGGUGGUGGCGGCCGCGGAGGAGGUGGUCGCGGGCGCGGCGGACACAAGGGACCUGUGGAGAUGUCGUUUGGACCGGAAAGAAAAGAGGCGGAUUGGGUCAAGAUCCGCAGUAUCACCGAGCAGAAUGACCUUGACGAGUUUCUGGCGACCGCCGAAAUGGCCGAUACCGACUUUACAGCGGAGAAGAUGAGCAACGUACAAGUAGUGCACAAAGACCAAUACAACCCGUACCUGCUCACGCCGGACCAAGAGCGCAAGACGCACCGCAAGCACGCGCAGCACUCACAGCAGCUGACGGUCCCUCGACGACCAAAAUGGAGUGCGCAGACCACACCGCAGGAGCUGGACCAGAUGGAGCGCGAGUCGUUUCUGUCGUGGCGACGCGGCCUCGCCGAGCUCCAGGAGAACUUUGAUAUGCUCAUGACCCCGUUCGAGCGGAAUCUCGAGGUGUGGCGCCAGCUGUGGCGUGUCAUCGAGCGCUCCGAUCUCGUCGUGCAGAUCGUCGAUGCCAGAAAUCCCCUGCUGUUCCGCUGUGUCGAUCUUGAGAAGUACGUGCAGGAGGUGGACCCCAAAAAGCGGAAUUUGCUGCUGGUGAAUAAGGCGGAUAUGAUGACGGUUGAGCAGAGGACGGCUUGGGCGGACUACUUUGAGAGUGAGGGUGUCAGCUUCCGGUUCUUCUCGGCUGUCCUGGCAAGAGAGAGUCUCGAGGCACAAGAGGAGGAGGAGUAUGAGAGCGAGUUUGAAGACGUGGAGGAGGAAGGUGAGGAAACGGCGGAGAAGAAGGACGGUGCCCCGGAGGAGGAGAUUGCGAAGCUGAAGCUUGGGGAAGACGGAUCGGCACAGGAAGACGAGGAGGAGGAUGAGGAGGACCCCCGGAUACGCAUCAUCAACCUCGAUGAGCUAGAGGCCAUCUUCCUUGAGAACUCGCCCGAGCCGGAACAAGACUCUGAAUCGCCCGACUCGAAGCCCCGGAAAACGACCAUCGGCCUGGUCGGCUACCCCAACGUCGGAAAAUCCUCCACGAUCAACGCCCUCAUGGGCGCCAAAAAAGUCUCCGUCUCGUCGACCCCGGGAAAGACCAAGCACUUCCAGACUCUGCACCUCUCCGAGCGAAUAAUCCUGUGCGAUUGCCCAGGACUCGUCUUCCCCAACUUCGCCUCGACCAAAGCGGAGCUAGUAUGCAACGGAAUCCUUCCGAUCGACCAGCAGCGCGAAUUCACGGGUCCGGCCUCACUCGUCGCCCAGCGGAUCCCGCAAUGGUUUCUCGAGGCCGUGUACGGAAUCAAGAUCAUCACGCGGCCGCUCGAAGAAGGCGGCACGGGCGUCCCGACGGGCACGGAGCUCCUCGUGGCGUACGCGCGCGCCCGCGGGUUCAUGAAGUCGUCCGCAGGCAACCCGGACGACUCGCGCGCGGCCCGCUACGUGCUCAAGGACUACAUCAACGGCAAGCUGCUGUUCGGGCACGCGCCGCCUGCGGACCCUCCAAUCGACUCCGCCGAAUUCAACCGCGGGCUGUACGACAUCGCGCAUCUCCCGCAGCACCGCCGCCGUGGCAUGCCCGCGUCCACGUCCACCGCCCCGAUCGUCGAAGAAUCCACCACCGAAGACGCCGACCUGCUGGACGAGGACAUGAUCCCACUCCCCUACGCGCCGCCAGAGGGCCGCAAAACCGAGUCGCUGGACAAAGCGUACUUCGGGCGCGGGAUCGGCGCGGGCGGGCACCUGACGAACCCGUUCCACCGGCAGCAGGACGGAGUGAUGCGGGCGCCGCCGGCCGCGGCCGGCGGAAAGGUGCUCAGCGGCCGCAAGGCGAAGACGAUGGUCGCGAUCGAGGAGAACCUCAAUCCCGACGAGGUCGCGCAGCUGCGCGGCAGCAAGAAACAUUUCAAGGCGGGCAAGAGGAGGGCGGCCAGGAAGGUCGACGAUGAUGAGGGCGGGGUGGUGUUGGCUUGAUUUUGGUUUCUUUCUUCUGGCUUGCUGUUGCUCGCGCUCUGGGAAUACUUGGGAAUAGGUACUUGGGAAUACUUGGGAAAAGGAUGGGAUGGAUUGGGAUGGAUUGGGGGUUUUCUUCUUCUUGCUGCUUCUGUUCUGUUCGUUG